GACUCCACAUCUUUACACCCUUUAUCAUCUUCAUUUCAACUCUCUCUCUCUCUCUCCAAAAUCUAUAACACAAUAUAAAACUACUUUUUUUUUUCUUCUUUGAAAAAACCUAAUAACAUUAGUCAAGCAUGCAACAAACCAAAAUAGACCACUUCUAGGGUUCCCAUUUAACCCAAAUCCACCACCCCUCAACUUGUUCUAAGUUCCACAAAAGGUUACUGAGAGAGAGACUGAGAACGAAGAGCAAACUUUGCCUUUUUUCUCCUUCUUUCUCUCCAAAAAAUAUCAAAAAGAUACCAUUUUUAUUCUCUUCUUUCUUACAUUGGGCUUUUCAUACUGAACCCUUUCUCUCCACUAUCUUUUUCUCUUCAUUUUUUGCAAAGUUCAGUACUUUUUGAUGAUUCUGCUGACACCCAGAUUUUCUUAGAGGAAGUUAAUUGGUGAAUAAGUUAAGUGAUAGAAGAAAGAGAUUAAGGGGUUGAAAAAGUUUUCAGCUUUUUUUGGUUUUGGGUUUGGGUUUUUUUUUAUUGAAGAGAAGAAAAAAAGUGGUUUAUUUUAAUGAGUUUUGGGGGUUUUGUAGAGAACAAUUCAGGGGGUGGUGGAGGUGUGAGAAACAUAGGAGGAGAAAUUUCUUACAACAACGAAAGAAUGCCAUUUGGCUCUUUCUCACAGCCUCGUCUUGUUACAACUCCAACUUUGGCUAAAUCUAUGUUCAACUCUUCUGGAUUGUCACUUGCACUUCAAACUAAUAUUGAUGGACAAGAAGAUGUGAAUAGAUCAAUGCAUGAGAAUUUUGAGCAAAAUGGUUUGAGAAGGAGUAGAGAAGAGGAACAAAGUAGAUCUGGUAGUGAUAACUUGGAUGGUGUUUCUGGUGAUGAACAAGAUGCUGAUGAUAAACCUCCUAGAAAAAAGAGAUAUCACCGACACACUCCUCAACAGAUUCAAGAGCUUGAAGCUUUGUUUAAGGAGUGUCCUCACCCAGAUGAAAAGCAAAGAUUGGAACUUAGCAAAAGGCUUUGUUUGGAAACAAGACAAGUUAAGUUUUGGUUCCAAAAUCGAAGAACACAAAUGAAGACUCAAUUGGAAAGGCAUGAGAACUCAUUGCUUAGGCAAGAGAAUGAUAAGCUACGAGCCGAGAAUAUGUCUAUAAGGGAUGCAAUGAGGAAUCCUAUAUGUUCAAAUUGUGGUGGUCCAGCUAUAAUCGGCGAGAUUUCACUAGAGGAACAACAUCUUCGCAUCGAGAAUGCAAGGUUGAAAGAUGAACUAGAUAGAGUUUGUGCACUUGCUGGAAAAUUUUUAGGCCGUCCGAUUUCUUCAUUGCCAAACUCAAGUUUAGAACUUGGUGUUGGAGGGAACAACAAUGGUUUUAAUGUGAUGAACAAUGUUUCUUCGACAUUACCUGAUUUUAGUGGAGGGAUGAAUAAUAACCCUCUAGCCAUUGUGUCUCCUUCAACUAGACCAACAACUUUGGUGGGUGGGUUUGAUAGAUCGGUCGAAAGGUCUAUGUUUCUUGAGCUUGCUUUGGCUGCUAUGGAUGAGUUGGUUAAGAUGGCACAAACUAGUGAGCCUCUUUGGAUUAGGAGUCUCGAAGGGGGAAGAGAGAUUUUGAACCAUGAUGAAUAUUCGAGGACGUUUACUCCUUGCAUUGGUUUGAGACCUAAUGGUUUUGUCUCCGAGGCCUCUAGAGAGACCGGCAUGGUCAUAAUCAAUAGCUUGGCCCUUGUCGAGACUCUUAUGGACUCGAAUCGAUGGAUUGAGAUGUUUCCAUGUAUCAUUGCAAGAACCUCAACAACCGAAGUGAUAUCGAAUGGAAUAAACGGAACAAGAAAUGGUGCACUUCAACUAAUGCAAGCUGAACUGCAUGUGCUAUCACCAUUGGUUCCGGUUCGCGAGGUAAACUUCCUUAGGUUUUGCAAGCAGCAUGCAGAAGGGGUUUGGGCUGUAGUCGACGUGUCUAUCGACACCAUUCGAGAAACCUCCGGAGCUACAAGUUUUCCAAACUGUAGAAAGCUUCCUUCUGGUUGUGUUGUGCACGAUAUGCCUAAUGGUUACUCCAAGGUGACAUGGGUGGAACAUGCAGAAUAUGAAGAAAACACAGUCCACCAGCUGUACAGACCACUGUUGAGUUCAGGUAUGGGAUUCGGUGCGACACGUUGGGUCGCUACUCUACAACGUCAGUGCGAGUGUCUUGCCAUAUUAAUGUCCUCCGCCGCACCCUCUCGAGACCACUCCGCAAUAACAGCAGGAGGAAGGCGGAGCAUGCUGAAGCUAGCGCAGCGAAUGACUAACAACUUCUGCGCGGGGGUAUGUGCAUCCACGGUUCACAAAUGGAACAAGCUGAGUCCCGGAAACGUGGACGAAGAUGUAAGAGUGAUGACACGGAAAAGCGUCGACGACCCAGGCGAGCCACCAGGGAUCGUGUUGAGCGCAGCCACAUCGGUAUGGCUCCCAGUUUCGCCUCAAAGACUGUUCGACUUUCUUCGCGACGAGAGGCUUCGUAGCGAAUGGGAUAUACUAUCCAACGGGGGUCCCAUGCAAGAAAUGGCUCACAUUGCCAAAGGACAAGAUCAUGGCAACUGCGUUUCUCUUCUCCGUGCUAGUGCUAUGAAUUCGAACCAGAGUAGUAUGCUGAUACUACAAGAAACAUGCAUAGACGAGGCUGGGUCGCUUGUAGUCUACGCGCCGGUGGAUAUUCCAGCCAUGCAUGUUGUAAUGAACGGUGGUGAUUCAGCUUACGUGGCUUUGUUACCUUCCGGUUUCGCUGUUGUCCCCGACGGGCCUGGAUCUCGUGGGCCGGAGAACGGGUCUACUGCGAACGGUGGCGAGUCUCGUGUUAGCGGGUCUCUUUUAACAGUGGCGUUUCAGAUCCUUGUGAAUAGUCUUCCCACGGCGAAACUCACCGUGGAAUCAGUUGAAACAGUGAACAAUCUCAUUUCUUGCACCGUUCAGAAAAUCAAAGGUGCACUUCAAUGUGAAAGCUGAGUCACGUGAAGAUCACGUGAUCUGUUGUUAUUUUUCUUUAAAUUAUUUUGUUGUUGUUUUUGGGUGGUAAAUGAAUAUGUGAAAGAUGUAAUUGGGGUUGUGGGGGGUGUUUGAGUCAAGAACGAACCACUCAUGGAAGAAAAAAAGUUCCUUGCAUGGUGGUAAGGUUAUCUAAAACCGGGUCGGGUCGGGUCGGUUAGAUUCUUUAACACAAGGCAAGGAUCGUGGUUCGGGUAUUGACUCGGGUUUACCUCAUGUUUGUUACCCUAGUUUGAAAGGAAUAGUGGAAUGAGAUAAUUUUAUUACUAUUAUUACAAAUAAAAUGGUUUUCUUAGUAGUUUUUUUUAUUA